CACUACGUUGAACUUUGAAACAGUGUAAUCAUUGGAGAGAACGCUUAACAGAGCUGUCACAUUCCUGGUGUAGUAGUACAACUGACUGUAUAUAUCUCUCCGAUUUGUAUUGGUAUAUCUUCAGUGCUCAACAGCUCCCGAGAGCGUAAGUUUCAAAGCGGAAUAUAAAGUGUUAAAUUUCAUGUUUUGGAUUUUAAACUAACAUUCCUUGACGAUAUAAAAUCGAGGUAUGAAUCCGGCAACGGAGACCUUGCUGCGCCGGGCAGCCUCCCAGGCGGUGAGCCUUGCACGACAGAAUGCACGCUGCGUCUUUACAGAUCGCCGCCACGAGAGAGCAGCUGCAGACGCCGUUGUCGCAACGCCGAACAAUAUAUCUUAUGUUCAAAAAACUAUUCAAGACCUGCCGGGGCCUGAUGGCUACCCUAUAAUAGGCACGGCUCCCGAGUACUUUCGAAAGCCAAACAGAGGACAGAUGCAUGAAGUCCAGAGACGAUUCCAUGCCAAGUACGGUCGCAUAUUUAAAGAGAGACUUGGGCCAGUGACCAACCUCUCCAUUGCUGACCCCAAAUUGGUGGAAGAAAUAUUUCGGCAUGAAGGCAAAUACCCUACUCGCCCCGCGUACGAAGCCUGGCUACAUUACAAGGAGAUGAGGAUGAGAAGCAAAGGGAUAGUGUCGGCGUCAGGUGAAGAGUGGCGAAAAAUCCGAACAUUGCUAAAUCAUCGGCUGAUGAAACCGCGCCAAAUGCAGGAAUACGUUUUAGGCCUGAGCAGGACUUCUGAGGAACUUGCUGAAAAGCUUCGAGUCGUCAGAGAUCAAAACGACAAAGACAAAUCUGUUCCAAAUAUCCUCAACUUGUUUUACGCAUGGUCCAUUGAAAGUAUAGGUCAAGUACUCAUAGACGAGAGGUUUGGUUGCCUUGAACACGAUAUGCCGGAGACAAUGAACAAGUUUGUCCGUGCUAUAGAAGAAAUGAUGUACUCGAGUCAUCAGCUGAUUGUGUUCAGUAACGUACAUAAACGUUUGAAUACAAAAAUAUGGCGGACAUUUGAACAGUCGUGGGACACAAUAAUUGAUGUUGCAAAAAACAUCUUGGAUUCUAAACGGAAAUCUAUCGAAGAACGUGUAGAAGAUUCGGAAGAAAACGGAGAACUUCGGAACGCUACGUUACUGGAACAUCUUCUUGCCAGUGACAAUCUUACAAUGGAAGAAAUCUACACAAAUAUGACGGAACUUCUACUUUCGGGAGUUGACACGACUUCAAACACUGUUGCCGUGGCAAUGUAUCUCCUAUCCCGGCAUCCGCAUGCGCUAAAGAGCAUCCAGAAUGAGCUUGAUAAUCUAGAUAUUCCGGACACCGGCAUAACAAGCGAGCAUCUGGGACGGAUGCCGUACCUCAAAGCAACGGUAAAAGAGGUCCUCCGACUCUUUCCAACAGUACCAACAAAUGCACGUGUUCUGAACGAAGACACAACGGUGGCUGGUUAUCUUAUACCAAAAAAUACGAUAGUGAUGCUGAACACUUUUACAAUGUGCAGAGAUCCAAAAGAAUUCGACAGGCCAGAUGAGUUUGUCCCAGAAAGAUGGCUAAGAAAUGAGGUCAGAGAGUUCAGUCCAUUUACGUCACUUCCGUUCGGUUUUGGCGCCAGAAGCUGUGUUGGUAGACGUGUUGCAGAACAUAUGGUCUACUUAAGUAUUGCAAAUAUUGCCAAACGUUACGAUCUGCGACCGACUCCAGAUGCAUUUACCGUCAAGCCUUUCGUUCGCACAGUACUAACACUUGGGGACAACCUGCCUGUUGAAUUUUAUGACCGCUGAGAAGUCUAGUAACUUAACUGAGGAACUGUUUGCCAAAAGAGCUGGUUUGACCAAUAACUGUGUAUCGGCACGAGCUUCAGUGACACACUGAAAUAAACAGUGUCAUAUUUUGUUUUUCUUAAAAGCGAUAGUUUGAACAAAUGAGCCGUGCCAUGAGAAAACCAACAUAGUGGGUGUGCGACCAGCAUGGAUCCAGACCAGCCUGCGCAUCCGCGCAGUCUGGUCAGGCUCCAUGCUGUUCGCUUUUAAAGCCUACUGCAAUUAGAGAAACCAUUAGCGAACAGCAUGGAUCCUGACCAGACUGCGCGGAUGCGCAGGCUGGUCUGGAUCCAUGCUGGUCGCAAACCCACUAUGUUGAUUUUCUCAUGGCACAGCUCAAAUUAUUUUGAGUGCAGUCAGCACAAAAAAGAAAUCUGUACAAACAGUUAUUCUUAAUAGGAGGUGAAGAAUUCUUAUGAUUUAAAGUGCCUUGGUAUUGUUUCCAACGAAAUUGAAGUUGCUUUACUAAUGUAUAACGAAGUAAUUUACGAAUAUAUAUUGUUGUGAAUUGUAGCUGUCGUAAAUAUUUCUGAACAAUUUAUAACAUUUGAAAUAAUUUGCAGAUAUUCAGCUUAAGAUACAGGUAUGCGAUUCCACUAUCUUAAAGUACUGAUUCUAUAGUACAGCGUUUAACAUUUUAUUCCAAAGCUCUGAUAGUCAUUUGUGAGCGUACCUAAGAAGUUUAAGCUCUAAUUACGAUUCACAAGCUCAGUUAGUCAGUCUUCAAGCUCAGAUAGUCAUUUGCAAGCUCAAUGGUUACCAAGCUCACUGAUUUUGCUUUAGUUCGAAUUGAUAUUCUUAAGCUUUGAGGGUCAGUCUCAGCUCUGAUAGCCAAAGUUUUACUUGGCAGGAUACUUGACAGUCUAGACGCAGUCUGAGCUCUGAUUGUAAAAAUUGUCGGAGACAGUCUAGAAUUAACUUAAGUUCUGACAGUUUAAGUUCAAUGAGUCAGACUAGACGGGUUAAAGAGGUACAACUCAGAAGUAAAUGAAGGCUUUGCUUCCGAGGGGAAGGGACUACAACAUCUCAGGUCAUAUAUUACUUAUGAAAACUCAUAUGUAAUGUUCUUUAGGAAAAAACGCCUGUUACAUGUGCAAUGAGAUGCUAAAAUAUACGGAUAUGUGCAAUCUAUUUGUAAAUAUUGUCCUAAUGUCGCUAUUGUUUGAGGUAAUUUGUAAAGCAUUUAUUUGUAUGAAUUAUGGUAAAAUUUCGAUGAUAUCCGACGUCGAUUUCCACAUCUACAUCAUUACACAUUAUUACUGACUUUAAUUGUACAUAUAUAUAAUUAUGUAUUUUGUAUUUGUACACAUAUUAUGUUAAUAACGGGUAUUUAAUUGUUGUUGUUUUUUGUGACACACUUCUUUAUUUACAAAAUAAUGCAAAUGUAUUUUUUCUCUCUUUCAUCAAUACUCACCAGUUUUUGUGACAAGUAUGUAGUAAAUAAUGUAGACAAUGACUCUAUAAUAGCAAGUCUGCUUGAACAAAAAGCUAGCUACUUGUUGUUGAAUACACUUGUUUUUUGAAAAUUACAAAAAAAAAUUCUAACAAACUCUCCACACAAACAAGAAAUGUCAAUGAAAUUUAAAAAAGAACGACUGUCUCUAUUUUUUCGCUGACGAACUCUUGAUUAAUGAUUUAUACUGCUUCAGUUAUUUAUUAAAUAACUCAGUUUCGGAUAUACACAGUUUGUUAGCGAAUAGCUCAUUCAUAAAUAUACAUUUAUAUUAAUUGAAGAAGAUAUUUUUUUUAUUUGCUAAAACGACAAUGCAGAGGGUGAACUAACAAGUAACGCAGAAUAAUGUACUAUUUAUUCAGAGUUUAUAAUGGUUUAGAAAUAUCGCUGACUUUAUCAAGCUGAAUAAUUAUAUAAACGUUAUAUAUACAGAUCAAAUUAUUUGUAUUCAGAUAAAGAAAAAAUACUUAAUAAUAUCAUGUACUUCAGCUGUGGCUUUGAUUGGUUUAAUAAUUCAUGCAGAUGAAAAUUUCUAAGGUAUAAAAAAGACGGAAUGUUAGAAAAUAACACGAGUUUUGCUGACAACAACUGAUGAGAGGUUUGCAUCAAGAAAUAAAAAAAAACUAUAUUGCUUUAUCUUUAUAAAUAUUUAAAUGAGAUGUACCGAAAAAUCUGAACGAUAAUAUUUAUAAACCCUAAAGUGUGUAUAACUAAAAUUUUACUCUUUUCUUUGAUUGCUAAUUUGAUAAUUCUUGACUAACUGAGCGGUCACAGUUUAGUGAAGUAUAUAUUGUAGUGUAUUUUAUGCAACGUAAACAUGUUCUAUUCAAUGUAGUGUAAAAUCACUGUAAUGUUGUCAUGAAUAAACUGUUGUUUUAUUGUUGAAAAUA